GUUGUUAAAAUUAUUGCUAAGCAAUAUUAUUAUUGGUGGGUGUGUCUAGUCUGAAGGCCAUGUGGAUGACAGAGUUGGGGAUGAUAUUAAAAGCCAGAGCUACUUUAUAAACCCAAGCGUACAAGAUGUCUGAGGGUGCUACUGAGGGAGAUGAGGACUUUAGAAACCAGAGCAAGUACAAGCAGUUCGUCUCAGCUGUGGAGAGAGCCUUGAAAGUGUUUGAGCUGUCUACAGAAUGGCAUGACCUCAUCUCAGCUCUGGCCAAAUUGAACAAGGUUCUGCUGGCGUACAUGCAGUAUCCCGUGGUACCUCAUCACCUCACAGUGUGCAAACGCCUCACUCAAUGUCUCCAUCCCAACCUACCCAGCGGAGUCCACAUCAAAACACUCGACGUUUACCGAGCCAUAUUCAAUCGAAUUGGACCAACGGGCUUAUCCAGUGAUCUCCUAGCCUAUAGCAGCGGCCUCUUCCCUCUUAUCACCUACUCAUCAAUGGCCGUUCGUUCACAAGUCAUAGAAAUUUACGAGCUCUACUAUGUCUCUCUUGGUGAGAAUCUGCGACCUGCACUUCAUGGUAUCGUAUUAGGACUCUUACCGGGCCUAGAAGACGAAUCUGAACAUACAGAAAGAAUCAAUCGUUUCCUGGACACAAUUUGUGAGAAUAUCGAUCUUACUUUCUUCUCCUCUGCUCUGUGGCAGUGUGUGGCGUUCUCACCCGAUGUGCGGGUCCCAGCUGCUAACCUCAUUCUCUCCAAACUGGACAAGAAGCUCACCGCUGAGGACCAAGUUCACGUUCUAGGGGGGAAUCUCCCUCUAAUGGUGUCUGCAAUCUGUGCUGGUCUGACGGACAAAAAUGUUCUCGCUGUACGGGUUCUUCUGGAUAUCCUGUCUCUCCUCUUUCCCCUCCAUCGACCGUUCCUUUUACCCUCGGACAUCACAGCCAUUGUGGUUGCUGCCUUGGAAACACUGCUCAAGCGUGACAUCUCCCUCAAUAGAAGACUCUUUUCCUGGCUACUAGGAGCCAAUGUUGAUAACGCGGCACUUUCACAACACCUGCCAAAUACAGCCAGUGUGGAUCAAACUGUGAACGUUCCUAUGGAGAUUAGUUAUUUUAACACAUAUUCGGCAAACUAUGUGGAGUCAGCACUGAAGAGGCUGUGUGUGCAAGCCGUCAUGGCAGCAAAGAGAUCGUCAGCUGCUAAACUAGACUGUAUUCAGCCGUAUCGUCUUUUGAGAGCACUCUUAGAGAGGAAUGAGAUCAGUGAGGCACUGAUGGAGGGAGUAAUGAUGGACGUGGUGUCUUGUUUCAAGGAGCAGGUGGAAUCUCUGGGAGGCAUUACUGGUCAGACUCAAGAUGUUGGACUGAGGAAGACUCCCUCUGAAGACCAGCCCAAAAAACUCGGAAGAAGAGCUGCACUCAAACUGGACAUACUGCAGUCAGCUAAUCUUUUCUUCAAUGCACUCAAUCCUGAGUUUCUAUGGCAAUGGUUGUCACGGCUCCUCGAAACUGGCUUGAUGAGUAAUACUGAUGGUACGGAAGUUGGUGGAGGAUCCUCAUCUCAUUUAGACGUACCAGAAGUUGAGGCAGUAGAUGCCGAGCCUUUAGAGGAUAUUGAUUCUCCUGUGUCGCAAUUCCCCCCGAGUCCCAGCCAUGUUGCCAAGACGUUUAAACUCAAAGAUGUGGGAAGCUCCAACGAGAAGCAAAGUGAUCGAAAGUCUUGUUCCUGUUUAAUCAACUUGACCAAGUUUCUGUUGAAGUCCCUCCCACUGGACUCGAUGGAGAAUGCCCACCUCGUCCACAUGCCUCGUCUCUCUCUCACCAUCCUAAAGUCUCUACGGCACACACACUCAACCCUCACUGCUGACGAACUACUCACGACCCUUGACCUCAUCUCAUGUAUAAUUCAUGAGCUGAUGAGCUCCCCGUCCUCCCAUGCCAGCACCCCUGCCACCACACCUCGAUCGGCCACACCCAGGAAACCCCCGGCAAAGAGCCCUGCUACUACUCCAGUUGAUGCAGGAAAUGACCUCUACACUGCAGAGCAACUUGCAUCGGAGAUGACUAAUUCUUAUCUCUGUUUCUUUGAUGGAUUUGUAAGGAAGAGUGUUUUUGAAGGAAGAGAGAAGGGCUCUGUAUUCGGUGCUGCUUGUCAGUUGCUCGUAUUGAUGGCCAGGUUCGGAGAAAACCAGGAGCACACUGUAACUAACUCUCAAGAGUCCAUUCCAUGGAUAGACAGCCUGACGUCCUUGUGUACACUAGACUGGGGAUCACAUGAUCAUCAUGUGACGUAUGUUGCUCUGGAGACGAUAUUUAAACUGCUUCAGUUGUACCAAAGCCAACAACACAGUGAUGGAUUCCCUAGUGACAAUCAGAAUGGGCCAUCUGUCAUGUCAGUCCUCAUUACAGAGCCUCUCAUGACUCACCUCUCUACCAACAGAGCCUUCUUAAGGGAUGUGACUGAGUGUCUGUGGUCUUGUCUCUCUCACGCCCACCCCUCCUGCCACUUUGAGGCCGCCAUUCUGUUGUCUUGGUUACAUGAGAGCCUCAAAAUGCCGAGUGUGUGCGAAACAGUCAUCCUGGAGCACUUCAGUAGUGAUGGCCUGGAGGCGUGCCACUGCUUCUCUGUACUAUGGGAACACUCUCCUCCAGCUGCAAGAUCAGCCAAGUUCCUUCACAGGUGCAUCCUUCGGAUGUUGGAAGGUCUGAAAAGUGACUCUCCUUUGAUGCGUCAGUUUGUGCAGUCAUGGGUGACCUUUGCCCUCUCAAGAGCCGGUGAUCUCCAGGCUCUAAUACAACCACUCGUCAAGAUCCUCGCUUCACCCAAUGCACUCAGACAACCAGUUCUGGAUCGUGAAUCGGAAAAAUAUCGUAUGGGAAUGGAACUCAGUCAAGACGAUGCUGAAAAAGACCAAGUUUAUGCCAAGUAUUACUACGAUUCUUUGGGUAUUCCAGACCCGAUGGACUUUGCAAAGAGUGGCCAACAUUGCGAAGCAUUGUGUCACUACAGUCAGGUGAUUGAUACCAGACAGCUACUGUACGCUCUCUCUCUCCUACGCAGCACCAUUGAAGUCGACUCUCCCUCUAUUAUUGGGCACAUGGGGAAAGCACUCGUCGAGACAACAUUGUACCCACUGGGGGGCAAAGUAGGAACUUGUUCCGGCGAGGAUUUGCUGAAGGAGGAGGGUGUGUCAAGGAAGACUCUGUUGGAGGUUGUGAUAACGUUGUGUGUGGAUCUAAUGAGAUCAGAGUAUCCAUCAGCUCUGGAAGCUUCUCUCUCGCAUCACUUUGAGAAUCUCAGUGUGCGUAUGUCGAGUGUGGAGUUGUUGUGCACUAUGACCAGCCAUCUUGCCAGACUCUCUGCUGAUACUCAAGAUGUGGAGGCAGAGACGAAUUCGAGUCUGAGCUCAAGUUUUGUGUCUGCUCUUGUUACCCUGUGUGACGUCCAAAAAUCGGCUCUGCUUGUUCUAGGACUUGUAGUCAAAGAUCUAAGAGGCUUCAUGAAAAAAGAAGAGAAUCAUAUUUGGUUGACUCUACUAAAAACAGAACACACCUUGCAUAAUCCGGAAUUCACGUUACGCUCAUUUUUCACUCAAUUGUUUUUGCUUGUGUACGCUCUGGUUGCCUUGGAUACGCAGUGUCACAGCAAACAGUCUGUAAGUGUAGCCACGCCCACCACCAACCCAUCAUCAUCGGGACUUCGUACGUCCACUAACGAGUGGUUGCCCCCUGUCCUCCCCAGCCUCUCCACUGCCUCACAGCCUUUCUUUCACUCUCUCAUUCUAGACGUCCUCUCAGACUCACUCCUCACACACCUCCACCCCUCCCUGCUACAACUCAUGACGGCACUUUUACCCAACCUCCUGGAACACCAACUGGCAGAAUUAGCUACGAAACUCUUGAAACAAAUCUGUUCAAAUCUCGAGAAACUCUCAACUAUCACAAAAGGCAAACAGACAAAUGGCAGAUUGACAAUUAGUUAUCUUGAUUCCCUUUGCUCGAUAAUGUCUUGGUGUUUGUACGGUGAGACUGGACCAGCGGUCGACAAAGGAAGGCCAAAUCAAAGAACCCUCAAUCCGUACUGGAGGCAUAUACAAGUGGCUGACACCACGGAUCAUUGCGACCGUCUUUCCCCCACCUCUAGAGCACCCUCCACAAUGUCAUGGUUGUUUAGUGUCUUCUCCACCUCCUCUCAAAUGAGCAAGUCUGUCUCGGGGACAGAGGGAGAAGAUGGCCGUCCCAGUGGCCUCUCUCAAUCGAGGGUGGGGCUGAAUAGUCGUGCAGGGCAACACAUGCUCAUGCUAUUGCCAGCCGUGUACAAUGCUGUGGCUGAGGUCUGGAAAGGGUGUGGCCAGUUGAUUAAGAGGGCGGAGUCUGGGGUGCACACAGCUCUAAAAAUGGAUGUUGCAAAGAAUCUUGAAGGACAGGAGGUGGUUUAUCUUGUGUCACAGCUUGUCUCUAGUCUUGCCCAUCGGGAGCCCGUCGCUUUCUUCUCCUCCGUCUCCCACGUCUGGAUGGAAUGGAAUCUAGGUGCUGACUCUGAAGCGGGUCGAAGAAGGAACAAAAGGAGAAACUUCUUCAUUGACCUACUGCAUCAUAUACAGGCUCUUUCCCUGGGUGGAGUUAUUGACAGUGUUCAGACCACCCUCUCUGAGAUUGGUCUAGCUGAUGAGCGAGUGUCCGGAUUGCUGAGACAAAAGUAUCUCCUCCACUUUCUGUACAAGUACAUCAGCAGCACCCUCCUGAGCUCUGAGGAGUUGACUGACUGCAGUGAGCAGCUGGUGGGCCUCUUGAGGGAACUGUACAACGAUUCCUUCUCCAGCUCUCCUGACCAACUGGCCAAGAACUGCCACAUCCUCUGCAUGCUCACUAGCAUCCUCCAUGUGGUGGUGUGCCGAGUGCCAGCACCUGACGCUAAGAAAGAGAAGAAAGAAAGAAGAGAACUACAGGAUCUUAUCCACAAGCUCUGUGAGGCUCUUAGUUUGGUGGCUAACACCGGCAUACCAAAGCACAAGUAUCAUGUGACACCACAAGACAGUCAAGCGCCCGAUAGUCAAUUAGGCAGCAUCUCAAGCUCUACAUCCACCACUCCUGGCACAUACAGUCCAGUACAUGUGACCGAGCGGGGCAAAGCAGUAGUUGUAGCCAGUUCCUAUAGCGACAGUGAGCUGAUUGGUCGGAGGGACAAUGCAGCUCAAAGUUCGGCAGUUACCAAGGAGAUGACGUCAGGGCAGGAAGAGAACAGUGCUCUACCAACAGUACAAGCCUUGGCUGUGUUAUCAAAUGUGCUCUCCCAUUUUGUGGACUGUGCCUUUGAGGGGGCGGAGAAGGACAAGGUCAUCGCUCUCCUCAAGGCUGUGUUGGGGAACAUCUGGCCACACCUACAAUCUCACAGUGGCAACUCGGACCAGAGCUACCUCCAUGCCGUGAAGCUCCUCUCAUCACUAAGUGGGUUCCAGGUGAGCAGGAAGGCGUGGCGUAAAGAGGCCCUCGAGCUUUUCCUCUCCCCAUCGUUCUUUCAAGUGGGCGUGGCAUGUCUGCGAGAAUGGAGGGUGGUCGUGGACAACCUGAUGACACAAGAUCACGUGACCUUCAGAGACCUCCUGUCCAGAGUUCACCCUUCCAAUACAGCCGGAGUAGUCAACAUCUUCAUCUCUAUUGAACAGGAGGUGGCCACAGGAGUGAGACUGCUCAAGAGGGUGGCCUUUGCUCUCCUCUCGGCAGAGACUGACCAGUUUGUGGAGUUCCUGCCUGACGUCCAAGAGAGGCUAACUGAGUACUUGAAGGUGCUACGUCACCCCCCUAUCUGUGCCGUGGUGAUGCUAGUGUUCAGAGUGAUCCUGGUUAGAUUCUCCUCCUCUCACCUCAUGGCAUUCUGGCCCGCCAUCACCUCAGAGUUGCUAUUGCUACUGGGAGACCUGGAGAGUGACCUUUGUACUGAGGUAUCGGAGGGGGUACCAGUCUCCUCUGACAAGCUCCACCUGUACCUGGCCGUGUGCAAGCUGCUAGACACAGCCGUUGCCUUGCCCCCAGACUGCCUGCCACACUUCCAGCUAUUGCAGUGGGGCUUCUCCAAUCACGAUGGACCCUCUUGCUCUGAGGAGUUUGUGGUCACCAAACUAUGCAAGCACUUCAGAUCUUUGGGAAGUCCGACACUGGAGGCCCUUCACAGUCACUACACUCCCCACCCCACUCCCCCACACCUUCAGACAGCAGCCAUCUCUUCACUGAGGGAGCUCAAGCCUCUCUUCUCUGUCCUCUCACAGCCUCUCUCGAGCAAGGGGGCAAGACACUCACCUGAUAUUGCACUGGGCUCGCUGUACUCUCAAACUGAUGAACAGCAGAGAAGGAUGAAACGAAUCGAGGCAACUCUGCUGAACGAUUUUGUCGAAUCAAACUAACCCAUUAAAUGUUUGUUUACUAGACAAUGCAGGUUGUUCACAAUCUUGAUAGGCGAGGCAUUCAUUUUGAAUAAUCAUCUUUUUAAAACUCACAACAAUAAAUGUAUGACAUUGUAUAUAAAAGUGUACAUGUUUAUUGAUCUUCA